ACAGCAAGCAAAACAAAUGUCGGGAGGCAGGUAGCCGGACAGAGGGCUGCACAGUUUCAAAGGUGUUUAGUGGACAUUAAGACUACACUUUGCUAUUUACAGAAUGAACACCAAUUUGAAGCACUGGAAGGAGGCGGCUACUCUUAUUCUGGUCGCGGGCCACCGGCUGACAGCCGCGUCAGGGUCACCGCUGGGCAGCAGCUACGGACGGUCACACCUGCAGCACAGGACCCACUUUGAUUACGACGUGUUACUGCUGAAACGAAGCGGUAAAAGCGGUUUCAUGCCCAAUGCCUAUGUGUUUCCCGGCGGCAUGGUGAACUCCUCGGACUUUUCUAGUGAGUGGCUGGACAUUUUUAAAGCUUUCAGGAACUCUCCAGACUUUGGACUGAGAGGGGUCACCCAGCCGGUGGACACCAGACCUCCAGUGUACGCCACCGACCGACUGAAACUGGGCUCUCCUAUCUCAGGAGAGGUCGCCUUCCGGAUCUGCGCCUUGAGGGAGACGUUUGAGGAGUCCGGUGUGCUCCUGGUUGUGUCCAAACAGGAGGAGAAAAGGUUGUUAAAAAGCAUAGAGGACAGGGGUGCCACUGAGGAAGUGCUGCAUUGCAAAGUCAACGAUCUGUGCAGUAGUGAGCUCACCAGGUGGAGGGCUCUGGUGAACCAGAACCCCGCCAACUUCAUCAGGAUGUGCAGAGAGUUGGAGGUGCUGCCAAACAUCUGGGCUUUACAUGAGUGGAGCAACUGGCUGACUCCCAAAAGGAAAUUCACUACGAGGUUUGAUACAGCUUUCUUCAUCUGCUGCCUGCAGGAGAUCCCAGAGACACUCCAGGAUGAGAAGGAGAUAGAGCACUUUCAGUGGUCCACACCCUCAGAGGUUAUCCAGAGCUACCGGGCACGGGAGUUGUGGAUCGCCCCUCCGCAGUACUAUGAGCUCAGCCGCUUGUGCCGCAUCCCUUUGCUGAAGGACCUCCACAACUUCUCCAGCCAGCGUGCCACAGAGGGCUGCGAACAGUGGCUGCCUCUUGCUGUCCUUAAAGAUGAUGGCUACAUAUCACUGCUGCCAGGUGACAGUCACUACCGUUUGGAUGCGUCAGGAGAGGCCAUGGUGAAUCCUGACACAGACUGUCCGCUGGAGGAGCCUCAAGAUGAUUCUGCACUGCACCGCUUUGUGAGCUCAGAUCUAUACAGUUUAAGUCUACAAGUAACCAUCACGCCAAAGUACAAUCAACUGGUUCCUGUUGAAGACAAAACCUUCCUGCAUAACUCAAAAAGUCAGCUUUGACUUGCCCUACCCGCUGUACGAGCCCUACAGCAAGUUUACUGUUCUGAUAGUAUCAGAGGGGCCUUUGUCACAGCACAUAUUUCAACUUGUCAGUGUGGGAAAAGGACAGAUGUUACUUACAACAUUAACGAUGGCUGUGUUCUAAUUAUGUGUCUUACCACAAUGUCACAGUCAUUCAUCCAGGAAGAACAGAUGGAGGGCUGGGUAUUGGUACUCAGUGCUUUUCCAGUCAAAUGAUACCUGCAUUCAAUCCCUUUUGUAUCCAGAUCUAGAAAAAAAUGACUGUUUUUAUAUUAAUCACAGCCAAUCAGUGUUCCUCAACUUUAAUGUGACAUGUGAUUUGCCCUGUACCACAGCAGACACAACCCAUGCAGCCUGUGGUGUGGUGAAGUCAAGCGCGAUGGCAGUGAUGCCUCAAAAACAUUCAGAAGUAUGGCUAUAACCUACUACAUGCCUGUAGUAGAAAAAAAUACACCAAAUAAGUAUUCUGUUAGCAUAAUUAUUACUUUAAGGGUACUGAUAUUGUUACUGGUAUUGUACUUUUUUGAUGCUAUACCCAGCCCUAGCUGGAAACUUGUGCCCUGUUUCCACCAAACACAGUAUGGUACCUUUGGAACCAAAAGUAACCCUUCAGACAUGGUACCUAGGCCCUAGUGUUUCCACCACAAACAGUACUCUUAAAUGUCACUCUUAAAUGGGGUUGUUGUCACCCACUGCUCCGUCUAGCAUUUGCUGACAUAUUCAGAACAAAAUAGAACAGGCUGCAGUGAGAGUCUCUCUCAGUGGGAUAUUUAGAAAUAGUGGGUUUGUGCUUAGUCCUUCUCAGGCAAGCUCAGGGGUUUAGUGUUGCCAGAGCCCACAGGAACGACACUCCGUGAAACUUUUUUACUCCCAAGUGAGGAUUGGGAUAUACACAGUUGAUUUAAUCCGGCCAAAAUUAAUAUAUAUAAAUGCUUGAAGAUCCACUCAUUACUAAAAGUGUAUGUCGUAUAAAAACUAAAAUAAUGGUCAAAGUAGUCACAUUGCAGUUUAAGGUGUGCUGAUGGAUUCACAUCAUCAGCUCAUGCAUUGAGUAUCAUAACAAGUAAACGCUCCACCUUAAAAGUCGCCGGCAGUUAGCCCAUUGAAUUAAGUUAUUUUUUCAGCAACUUUUCAGCUGCUGCAAGAGGCAGCAAAACAUCCUUUCAUUUUAUAGUUACAGUUUACUAAUAUAUGUAAAACUCUCCACAGUAUGAACAGUGGUUAAACGAGCCUCAAAACCAGCCACAACUCAGCCCUGAGCAGAGUGACUGUCCGCUAUUGACCAGUCAAUGGACUGUAGUGUUCACAGCUCCACCUUCUAGUACCAGAUCUGUGUGCUAGGUACCCCAACAGAGGGGGGACCAAAUAUGGGGACAGUACAGAACGGUUCCAUUAGUACCAUCCACAACUUUUCACAGUGGAAAUGGAAAAAAAGCGUAUGGAACUGAACUGUACCGUACCUUACUGCUCGGUAGAAACAGGGCUUCGGUGAAGCAGUGACUACUCGCAGGGCUAGUUAGUGAACUGGUGUAGCUUGUGAGCGUUUUAAUGCCGAUAUUGGCUGAUACCUAUGACGUGCUGAUAUUAUCGUGCAUCCCUACUCUACUGUUCCGUUUACUUCCCCCUGGCAUGUUUAUCUUUGUGCACCAGUAUGUUCAGUCACAACAUAUUGAAGCGGGAACAUUCAGCUCUCAUGCUCUGAGCUCUUUUACUGUGACAUGUCAAGAUGUCCUCAGUGGUGAAAGGUUUGUUGUGUCCUUAAUAGUGACAAACCUUGAUUUAUUUUCUCUGAGGAAUACCCCUGGUUGUAACCGUACUAUAUUAAUGACUGUUAAGCUGCUAUUUUUUCUCUUCCGUAUGACUCUUCUUCCAUUAUAUCACAGUCGUUGCCAUCAGAUCAGAAGACAACUGUCUCUCCACCAGCCUCAUCACUUGUUUAUUUUUAAUGUAACAAAUGUGUAAAUGACGAAAAAGAAGUGAUUACUAAUGGCCUUAUCGUACAAAUGUUUUACUCAGAGGAAGUGUUAGUCAUCAGACUUGAAAUGAUUCAGGCGCCCUUUUUUUUUACUGUAAGAUGCUGAGUUUGUUUUAUUAACUGGGCCUGUUCUAUUACAAUAUGCUGAUUACAACACAUGUGACAGUGAAAUCUGAUUUUGUCAUAUUUGUUUAUUGUGUUAAUGCUGUUGUCGGGGGGGGGCAAAAUAACAAGAUGACACUGGACCACUUGUGUGAUGAAUUUUUUAAGAAUCAUGUUCUACUUGGAAAUAAAUAGGUUUCUCAAGGACUUCCUGGUCUGAC